GGCAGGAUGCGCUCCCACCCGGUUCCCAGGAUGAAAGGGACGGGGCCCGGGGCCGGAUAGAGCCGGACUGAGGGCACCGCUUCCCCGCGCCGCCCCAGGAGAGGCUGGAAAGGAGGCUCUGGGACCCGAACUCGUGGAGGGCCAGGAGGCAAGAUGUCAUCACAGUAUUUGCAGGCUGGAGCAAAUUUUGAAGAUAAUGCAAAGGAUGACACGACCAAAAAGGACAGGCCCUAUAAGAUCUUCUUCCAAGAUCUCUUUCUUUAUAAAGAAAAUGAAAUUGCAGCAAAGGAAAAGGAAAAAAUUUUGAGCCGCAGCAUGAAAGUUCACCAGAAGACAACUUUUUCAUCCCGAAUGAAGAGUCGCUCACACCUGAGCCAAAUAGCUUUCCGCUCUGAGACAGAGGGUCCCUCGUUUGAAAAACUGGGGCUGGAUCCAAUGCUUAUUCUGAAAUUAACAGAAACUGCAGACACAAAAAAGACUCUUCAUGAAUUUAUUAGUGACCAGAGAGACAGGUUUCUACUUGAGUACACUCUAUCAACCAAAAAAAACACAAUUAAAAGACUUGAAAAACUCAUAGUUGUAAAGGAAAGGCAGCUCAAAAAGGCAGAACAAAAGCUUCAAGAUGACACCCUAGCCUUUGAAGAGUUCCUUCGAGAAAAUGACCAGCGAUCUGCAGAUGCUAUGAAAAUGGCAGCGCAAGAAACUCUCAACAAACUCCAAAUGACAUCUGAGCUAAAGAAGGCCAGCAUGGAGGUACAGGCAAUGAAGAGUGAAAUAGCAAACACAGAAUUUCUUCUUCGGGAAUACAUGAAAUAUGGAUUUUUCCUGCUGAAACUGUCUCCAAAACACUGGCAGGCGCAACAAGCAAUGAAAAGAGCGCAGACACCAAAAAGUCAAUCCAUUAUUCCAAAACUAUUAACAAAAUUCCCAUUAAGUCCAAGUAAAAUGGAGAAUGGUGUUGCAAGUUCUGAGAAGAGACCAUCUUCAGACGACUCUACAAGGAAGAAGAGCCAAGGAAAGAUCCGCAAGAAGUCCUCUCUCAACCCCGAGGCCAUGAGCUCACCCACAUCCAAUUGGCCGGAAAGUGCUGGUUCUGAGGACAGUCUGGAAUUCUUCUUAGAUGACGACAUGGAUUUAGAUCUGCUGCCGGAGCUGUACUUCAAGGAACCAGAAGAGUUACUUCAGGUCCUCACAAAUCUGGAAGAGCAGAAUCUGACUUUGGUCCAGUAUUCCCAAGAUGUAGAUGAAAAUCUUGAAGAGGUAAACAAAAGAGAAAAAGUUAUACAGGACAAAAUAAAUAGCAACAUAGAGUUCCUGCUGGAGCACAAGGAAAUUCUGAAGGCCAACUGCCUGCGAGAAGAGGAAAAGGCAGCCGAGCUGGAACUGCGCUCCAGGCUCUUCAGUUUUGGAGAAUUUAACUCCGAUGCUCAGGAAAAGCUGAUCGACUCGCUUAGUAAGAAAAUCAAUCAAGUGUACAAGGUGUGCAUUGGCGAAGCCGAGGUCGGCAGCCUGAACCCCGUUCAGAAGCUGGUCAAGGUGGAGUCCCGCAUGGUGGAGCUGAGCGACCUCAUUGAGGCCAUUCCCAAGGAAAACGUGGAAGCAAUUGAGAGGCUCAAGCAGAAGGAACGGCGGCAAAAGUUGCGUGAAGAGAAAAUGAAAGAAAAACAAAGAUACCAAGAAGAAAGGCUAAAGGCUGCUCUGGAAAGGGCAGUAGCACAACCAAAGAAAAAGGUGGGAAGACGACUCAUCUUCCGUUCAAAACCACCAUCCAGUAGCAGACACAGAAUCCUCUUGCUCAGUGAUUCAAAAACAAAAUCACAAGAGGAAGAUUUUUUUUUUUAGUUGAAUGGGAGCAAUAAGGUAUUUUACUACCAGAACGUGUUAGAUUCUGGCUCUCAUCAGUGGAAACAUUCUGCCCCAACAAUCCAAGAGUGGUCCUUACUGGGAAGGCUGGAUGCAGGUUUGGGAAUGAGAGCUACUUUCUUCUGUUGAAGUUUCCAGUUAUUCACAAUUAUUAUGCCACAUAGUUAAUCAUUUAUAAUUUAGGUUGCCUUCUACAUACAUAUCCAGAACGACCAUAUUGAAAUACCUAAUGGGAAUGGCCAUUUAAGUGCAGUACCAUCUUUUUCUGGUAAAGAGAAUUUCGAUGAUGAUGCAUUAGUACCUCAAGUGGUCUGUGAGGAAGUUCAUAGCAGUUAUCGCUAGGGUGUGUACCUUUUAACAAUGGACAACUCUUAAAAUAUCUGAAGGAUGCUGAAGGGUUUAAACACAAGUGAACACUACUACCUUAUGUCUCAGAACUGGUCUUUACUUCAAAUUAAGUUCUAUUCAGAAAAUUUUACUUUCUUAUGUGAACAAAUCUUACGUAUUCAGCCUAAAUGUCAUUUCAGAAUUUCUCUGUGCCCUAUCUUCACAAUAUUUUAAUUUUGAGACGUAAUUUUAGCCACAAUGUGUACAUAAUUUAGCUUACACUGAAAUGGAAUAUGUAACCUACUAAACUAAUAUUAAGAAAAUGUUAAAGUGGUUCAAAAACAACAUUUUUCAAAGGUAUCAGUUAAUACACAAUAGAAAAAGGGUUGAAAUACACCUUCAUAAAAAAAAGGUCUGAAGUUUACAAUUAUUUGCUAUAGAAAAGUACUGUGCUUACAAAAGAAAACCAACUUAAAUGAAAUUGGUAGGUU